AUGGCUCAUAGCUUCUUGUUUUACAUUAAAAGAGCUGUGAUUUCAAAAAACAAGAGAUUUUUUGGAGAAAUUAAACCUGAUAUUUCAAAAUUCAAGUGCAAACUAUUGAAGAAAAUAGCUGAACAUAGUAUCAGGAUUAAAGGUAGCAAAUGGAAUCAAGAGUAUGAUAACCAGAUUAUAUCUUUCUUCAAGCUGGGGCCAAGAUUUUCCAGAUAUCAGAGUAUUAUAGCUUGUCAGUGGAAUGAACCUGAAUUUGAAUUCACUAUGUUUUGUUGUGAUGGAUCCUCCUUUGGAAAUCCUGGAGCAGCUGGCUUUGGCAUUGUCAUUAGAGAUCAUUCUACUCAGGUUCUUGGUGCAGUUACUGGUGGAUUGGGGAUUGCAAAAAAUUAUAUAGCUGAAGUUUAUGCUGUUGUUAACGCAGCUGAAUUGGCUGUGGACUGGAAAUUGCAAAAGAUUAUCAUAAAAUCUGAUUCCAAGACAGUGUCUGAUCAAUUUGAACAUGAUCAAAUUCCCUGCUUUGUUAGAACAAGGUGGAGAAAUGCAACUAAAAGGAUUUCAGUAAUCAUAUUUGCCCACAGUUUCAAAGAAAUCAACUUCUCUGCAGAUUGUGCUGCCAAAAAGGGAGCUUCUUUACAGGAAGGAGAAAGAAAUAUAUAUUUGGGUAGACCUUUUUGGUUAAAAAGAGUAUAA